AUGGCAGAAGGAUACCCAAGCUCUUAUAAUUGGCCCACCAUGAACUGGCAAGCAAAAGAUCUCGACAAAGAAUGGGAGCGAUUUUAUCAGCAUUGUGAAUUCGCAUUUGGAGGCCCGUUAAGCAAGUGCACAGAGAAGGAAAAGAUUUGCAAUCUCAUGAGUUUUGUGGGAGACAAAGGCCGCGAAAUGUACCUUACGUUUCAAUGGAACACAAUUCAAGUUGGAACAGGCGAAAAUACCCAACAAGUAAGUGAGAAAGAUAUUCUUGAUAAAGUUGCUGCAAAGAACAAUUAGCAUCGAAGAAAAAUCCUAUUAUGGCAGCAGUUCAAUUUGACAGGAGGUGCCAAAAACAAGGAGAAACAUUUGACGAUUUUGUAACCGACCUGAAAUUAUUGGCUCGUGGCUUAGACAUUGAGCAAACAGACAAGCUAAUAAGAAAUGCUAUAGCAUGCAAAUCUUUUGACGAAAGGGUAAAACAACGGUGUUUGGAAAAGAGUAAAAACUUAACAUUAGAAACAGCCAUAAAUAUAGGGAGAUUAUUUGAAGCUACCAAAGAUGGAAUGCAAGUAAUCACAGGGGAAGAUCCAAACGUGACGGUGCAUGGAGUAUCAACAAAGCCCAACAGAUUUCCCAGACGCAAGCACUAA